AUGGCUAAGGUGACGGAGGUGGAGGGCAGUAAGGUGAAGAGAAAGCUGAACUUGGAGACGGAUCACCAGUACAUAGCGGAGAGCCUGCCGGUGGGCCGGGGCAAGGCCAGGAACCCCACUAAAGGGGCAAAGUCUCCCGGGGAGAAGUCCCGCUACGAAACCUCGCUGAACCUCACCACCAAGCGCUUCCUGGAGCUGCUGAGUCAGUCGCCCGAUGGCGUGGUGGACCUCAACUGGGCGGCUGAGGUCCUGAAGGUACAGAAGAGGCGCAUCUACGACAUCACCAACGUCCUGGAGGGCAUCCAGCUCAUUACCAAGAAGUCCAAGAACAACAUCCAGUGGCUGUACGUCCCUGGGCUGGGCUCCCGGCGCCGGCUGCUGGAGAAGGAGCUGCGGGAGCUGCAGGCGGCCGAGCGGCAGCUGGACGACCUCAUCCAGACGUGCACGGUACAGCUGCGGCUGCUCACCGAGGACCCUGCCAACCAGCACACAGCCUACGUGACCUGUCAGGAUCUCCGCAGCAUUGUUGACCCCUCGGAGCAAAUGGUGAUGGUUAUCAAAGCCCCCCCAGAGACCCAGCUGCAGGUCUCGGACCCAGCGGAGGCUUUCCAGGUCUCUGUGCGAAGCACUCAGGGCCCCAUCGAUGUCUUCCUCUGUCCUGAGGACAGCUCGGGGGUCUGUAGCCCUGUCAAGAGCCCCUUCAAAGCCUCCACAGAGGAGUCGUCCCCUGACCAUUCACAGCCCAGAGCCUCCCCACUCCUGCAUCCCGCCCAGGACGUGAACAUGCCGCUGCUGCCCGGGGAGCAAGAGACACUGCUGCCAGGGACAAGUGCACUGCCCAGCAAGUGCCUGGCAGAGGAGGUGAGCCUCUCGCCGCUGGCCUCCAUGGACGCCCUCCUGGACCAGAGCAGGGAAGAUUUUUCAGGUUUCUUGGCGGACGAGUUCAUCAACCUGUCGCCGCCGCAGGCGCAGGAUUACCACUUUGGCCUGGAGGAAGGUGAGGGCAUCAGCGAGCUCUUUGACUGCGACUUCGGGGACUUCACGCCCUUGGACUUCUGA